AUGGAGUUAAAAACAGUGUCCGCGCAGAUAUUACCUCCAGGCGUGGAAGUGGCCGUGUUUCGACCUAAAGUCGAUGAGCUUUCUCUUCUGAGAAUUAACAACGUUAGCAUGGCAAGAAUCAACACGACUGUAAAAGGCGUUCUUGAUUCAUUUGUGUGGAAGGACAUGGGUUGCUCAGAGUCAACAUGCCAGCCUGUGAGCCCGCUGUGUGUGGACAACAGCAAUUGCCUUGUUACAGAAGACAAGUGCAGUACCAUGAAAACCAGUUCGGAUCCUGAACCUUGCCGCCUUGCAAUCAACGUGGCCUUCUCUGGAACUGAUAAGGAUAAGAAGCCAUUGCAAUCUUGGUACGAGGUUCAAGACCUUCAGGCAUACUCCUUGACAGCAUUGUAUGAUUCCGCAAAGAACGACUUUCAAGAUGCCGUGGGUGCAUCAAGCAAUAAUCCUGACGAGAUCACCAAGGGGUAG